CUCACUGUCCGAGUGUCCCUGGGGGAAAAAAGAAAUGAUUGUUUUUAGUGGACCAACCGUACCGAGCCGAACGGCGUUACAAUGGUCACGCUUGGGAAAUCCUUUGCAAGAAUCAUUAUGGAACGUCGAUCAACCGCAGAGAUCCGUCAAACCCUUCGAUUUAGCCAAGCAAAAACAAGUGAAUCUGUCCGACUUGGCCAAUGUCACCAUUGACAUUUUAUGUCGACUUCAGAUACUUUACAACAACAACAACACCGGUGACGAAUGGGUUUGGGAGUUGUCUGACGUCAACAUUAGCGAUAUCGUUGACGCCCUCGGAUUGGAUGGAUAUGUAGCGCUAAGUGACGUCAUCGUACUGCCCCUAUGGUUUAAAAUCUUGAUGACACUGCUCUUUGUCGGUUGCCUAAUUUGGGCUUGCAUCAGUAACGUGCGCAUGCUCGUCGCCAUUGGCAUUCGCAGAUCGUCUUGGUCCAAAACAAAUGUGCUGAUCGGAGCUUUAGCCCUAAGCGACUUGUUGACUGUCAGUUGUGCCACUCCGACCGAAAUCUCGUUCGUGAUUAAUGACCUGAAUGUUUGGAAUUUCGGACAACUGGGUUGUGUCAGUUUCCCAUUCCUACAGAGCGCUGCCAUUCUUAGUAAUGCGCUCAUUUUGUGUUUGAUUGCAUACGAUCGCUAUGUCUGUGUGGUCAAGAUGCAUCCAAAUGCCAUCAAUCAAAAACCAGGAUGGUCAAUCGUAGGGUCUAUAAUAACUGUUUGGAUCGUUUCUAUCGGUAUCGCUCUGCCCUCAUUUUGGAUUUGGCGCGUCUACUAUUUCAUUUUGGUUGACGACAUUCCUGACCCAGAAAUUGGAAUGGACUUUUGCAGUGUUUUCCCAACAUGCAACGACAACUCCAAAUUAGGUCCUAAAGUCUAUCCGGCCUAUCAUAUUAUGUUAUGUGGGGCCAUUUUCGUACCACUAUUCCUCCUCUUCGUGGUACUCUACGGCCGAAUUGGUCAUUUCCUCUGGGUACGUUCGCCGAUUGGAACAGGUGAUUCAUCUAACCUCCAACUGGCAAGGAAGAAACGAAUAGCUUGGGCCCUAUUCUGGCUUGUGUUUUGGUUCUUCUUUUGCCGAAUGCCCAACUGGAUUUUCGUGGUGGUCACAAUGUUUGUAGAUGAAGAACAAACCAGCGGCUUGCAAAUGCUAAAAAGUACUUUGGUGUUUCUUUCGGUACUAAACACCCUCAUCAAUCCAUGGCUCUACUCUCAGCUCAACGAACCACUGAAGAAAAAUUUGAAAAGUUGCAAUGAAAAGCUCUGUGGGCAAAUCUCCAGUUUGUAUUGUUGUGGCACUGACAGUAAAAUUGGUCUUCAAGACGAACAAGAACAACAAAAUCAAGUCGAACCGGAAGAGCCGAGAGUCGUUCAACAACAACCAAACGAAGUAGCCAUUUUUACACUUGCCAACAAACAAGUUCACGUCGAUGUGGUGACCCUGUCAAGUUCCAAGAACAAAACACGCCAAACUUAUUUGGAAUGACCAUUGGAUAUAUUUUUCAAUUAAAUACUUUUUUUUUUCAAAAUUAUAAGCUUAUUUAUACGUAUCAAUAUUUAAAAA